AUGAUGGGGUGGUGGUCGUCUGGGGCCAACAAUGCCCUAGAUGAGCAAAUUGACAAGGCUACGAGCAGCAGUCUGUAUGAGCAUACCGAACCCCCGUUGCGAGCUUGCGGCAGGGCCCCCGAGCUAAUUGUAGUUGAUCACAGGGAAGACAUCGCUCUCAACCUCGAGAUUUCCGACAUUAUCAGAUCGAAGACGGUACAGCCGAAAGAAGCCAUGCGCUCGCUCAAAAAGCGCAUCAACAACAAGAAUCCCAAUACCCAACUCAGCGCGCUGAACCUCACCGAUACCUGCGUUAAAAAUGGCGGGGCCCACUUCCUCGCCGAAAUAGCCUCCAGAGAAUUUAUGGAGUCUCUGGUGUCGCUCCUCAAAGCCGUCGGUCCUGGUACUGUCAACGCCGAAGUGCGCGCCAAGAUUCUCGAGCUUAUCCAGUCCUGGGCCACCGCCGCCGAAGGCCGCUACGAACUCGGUUAUAUCGGAGAGGUGUACAAGACCUUGCAGCGGGAAGGUUACCAGUUUCCGCCCCGGGUCACGGUUGCCAGCAGUAUGAUCGACAGUAACGCGCCAGCGGUGCCCCCCCCCGAGCGCUCAUUUACCUACUCCUCUUCCCCCGCCAAGCCCAAAGGGUCUUCGAUGCAACCGCGGAACGCUCGGGUGGACGAUGGUUUUGACGAGGAUUUGAAGAAAGCUUUGGCGAUGAGUCUUGAGGAAGUCAAGAGCCAUUCCAGGGGUUAUGUCUCCUCCCCUGCGGCCAACGGGGUGACCUCAAACCAGCCUAAGCCAAACGGGCACGCCGCGCCCAAAGCGGUCGAAGAGGAGGACGAGGACUUGAAGGCCGCCAUUGCAGCGUCUCUGGCGGAUAUGGAGGAGCAAAAGAAGCAGCAUGCUGCGGCUCUGAAACAACAGGCCUCAGGCGCGGCAAGCUCUUCAUCAGCCGCACCGUCUGCACUUCCCAAGAACGACUACGAACUCACUCCGCUCGAAGCGGAGAACAUCAACCUUUUUUCGACUCUUGUCGACCGCUUGCAAACGCAGCCACCUGGGACAAUCCUGCGCGAACCACAAAUCCAGGAGCUCUACGACAGCAUCGGCGCGCUGCGACCCAAACUUGCCCGGACCUAUGGAGAAACGAUGAGCAAGCAUGACACCCUCCUUGAUCUGCACGCGAGAUUGUCAACGGUUGUCCGUUAUUACGACCGCAUGCUUGAGGAGCGCCUGUCCAAGGCCUACAGCCAGCACAGCAUAGGAGGAUAUAAUCUACCGCCGCCGAGGCAGGCUCCCGGACCGUAUCCAUCAUUGCAACCCAAUGCGCCCCCUGCCGCAGGGCCAGCAGAGAACUUCUACACGGGUGAGCAGCAACAAGAGUAUAGCCACCCGACAACACACCAGCCCUAUCCGCAGCCUACACUGGCACAGUACGGAGCCUACGACAAGCGCGGUUCUGUUUCUGCGCCUUCAAGCAAUCAAUACCCCCCACAACAAGUGCCUCAACACACUGGAAAUUGGGGUCCUGCGUCGUCUGCCCAGCAGUAUGGCCAGCAGCCCAGCUACCCCCCGAAUGAGCCUCCUCAAACCGCCCAGUUGCAACAAACGCCGAAUCCGGCGCAUUUAUCCGCGCCCGCGCCCGCGCCGAAUGACUCUAUCGGCACCACCCCUACGGCUGACCCCAGCGCAUCAUUCUACUUCAGUUCGCAGGCCCAACAGCAGCAACAGCAGCAACAGCAGCAACAGCAGCAGCAGCAGCAGCAGCCGCAACAGGUCCCCAGCUCCCCGCCCGACCCGAACAUGUCGCCAUACCCUAACCUUGCUCAACCAUUGCACUCAUACCAGCCAUCCCUACCUCAAACGCCGGCAUCCAUUCCCGCCCAGCCUUCCCAGCCGCAGCAAGCACAUCAAGCACCACCACAAGCCCAGCAGCCGUACUGGCAGCAUUCGGCCGCCCAGCAGACGCAACUCCCGCCGGUGUGGCAACCGCCUCCGAGCGCUGCGUAUGCAGGGUAUACCCAGGAGUCCUUCCCCUCGGCGCCGCACCAUGCUCCAAAGCAACCCGUUGUGGAGGAAAGCUUAAUCGAUCUAUAG